AUGUCCCGACUUGCUAUACGCCCUAGAGCAGAAGUUUGUCAGCUCUGUGAUUUCAUAAAAACCCGAAAUGUCCGUCCAUUCUCUCGCCUUGGUCAAACUUCUCGCAACACCAUCGGCUCUCCACUUCCGUUUUCCACAGAAAAAAGGUCAUUAUCACAGAAAACACGCAGUCUAGCUCCUCCUACCGCCGCAGUUAAGCUACCCCUGCGGUCUCGAGACAGUGGUACGAUCGCUUUAGACGCUCAACUAGAGAAGAGAUUGCAAGAUGUGAAGGCAAUGUGCAAUACACUGCUGAUGCAGGAUAAAGUCCCGUCAGAGCGAGAUGUCCUUAUUGUGUUGCAGAGAUGCAAAGCUUUAGCCAGCAUACUCGUCUCUGACCAGUCUCCUUCGAGCUUUGAGAAGAAAGCUGGUGCUACUUCUGCCCUGCUGUCUCUUGAUGAUUUGGGAGCUAAGAAAGUCUCUGUGCACAAGCCUCCUGCAACAACACAGCGUUUAGUAGACCAGCUAUCCAGCAUCACUUAUUCUGUGAUUAAGUUCCCGCCAGUUUUCGUCACUCCGAGCAUCCUCGAGCUUUACGUUGCUAUCCAGUCAGACCUCGGAAAACCAGAAACAUUUCCGGAAGUCUUGAACUUGUACGCCAACAAGCCACUGCCAGAAGAAGGCACGUUUCCUAUCCGAUAUAAGAAACAGAACCCAAACAAAGCCGCCAAUGCCGUUCCUCUCCAGGCUGCAGACCAAGCUUUGCAAACGGCUAUCAAUGCGAAGCAAUUGGUAGUUGCCAUGGACAUCAUUGAAGCUUCCUACACCACCAAAGCAGCUCAUCGAGCCAAGUUUGUCAGACAUGCUUUACUCCCAACGACGAUUCUAGGAUUGGCGCCUGCUGCAGCAUGGAUCGGUGCAUCGCAACUCGCCACUUUCCAGACAACUAUGGAUACGGCUAUGGCGACUCAGGUUGCGUUUGUUGGAAUAUUAGCUUACGUUGGAUUUACUGCUACGGUUGGUGUCGUGGCUGUUACAACUGCAAACGAUCAGAUGGAUCGCGUGACGUGGGCUCCAGGUGUGCCUCUGCGGCAACGAUGGAUCAGAGAAGAGGAGCGGGCUGCUAUCGAUAAAGUAGCGGGAGCUUGGGGAUUUCGUGAAAUCUGGAGACGUGGGGAAGAAGAGGGUGCAGACUGGGAUGCUUUGCGAGAAUGGGCUGGAAGAAAGUCGAUGAUACUGGAUUCGGUGCAGCUAAUGGAAGGAAUGGAAUGA